GAUAUAUUUAACUUUUCUAUACAUAUACCAAGCAUUUCUUCAUAUUCACAAGUCACAAUUGAUUAAUUAAUAAGAGUGAUAUCUGUUAAUUAGUGUUGUACAAUAUGAAAUUUGGAAUUCUCAUAAUUACUAUGUGUUUAUCGGUUCUAGAACUUGACGCAAGGUGUUGUAUACCGAAGCCUAUAAACUGCUACAACUGUGACAGUGAGUAUGACGUUCGCUGCAGGGAUCCUUUCAACUGGUCGUCGCCCGAAAUUCACCCUCCCUAUAUUUCCUGCAAUGGAUGCUGUAUUAAAUGGGUUUUAAAUUCAAAAACACCAAAGGAGAUAGUGCGAAGGUCUUGUAUAACACAGUACCAGGUAAAUUUAUUCAUGGUAGACAGAGGUUGUAUGCAAGAGAGAAGCAAAACAGGUCAUUUAUGUUUCUGCGAAGAAGACUUAUGUAAUAGGUGUAGUACAAAAGUUCCUAAUAUAGUCUUGCUUGUUUUUAUUACACUAUUUUAUAUCAUUAAAUAAAAGGAAAAGGUCGUCGUGUUUCAUUCCUCCGACAUCCCUGACUAUA